AUGUCGCCCGCGCCUUUCGCCUCGUCGCCGUCGCCGACCCAGGGCACCCCGGCCGCUCCUCCCGUUCCCGAUGACUGCAAGCAGGGCACGCUUGGCUACUUCCACACCCUCGAGCGCCUCAAGACCAACAAGCGCACCGGCUGGGUCAACCAGGGCAUCCACCAGCCAGAGAGCGUCAUGGACCACAUGGGCAGGAUGGCCCUCAUGUGCCUCGCCUUCCCCGAGACGCAGACGCUCGACAUCGGCAAGUGCGUCCUCUUGUCCAUGGUGCACGACAUUGCCGAGGCCGACGUCGGCGACAUCACGCCCGAGCACGCGUCGGGCGUCUCCAAGGCGACCAAGCUGGCUCUCGAGGAGAAGGCGAUGGACCGCAUGUGCGGCCUGCUCGGCCACCCGUCGAUCGCCGCCUUGCGCCUCAAGUCGCUGUGGGACGAGUACGAGGCGCGCGAGACGGCCGAGAGCAAGUUCGUCAAGGACCUCGACCUGUACGAGCUGUGCCAGCAGGCGGUCGAGUACGAGAACACUCAAGGCUGCCAGACGCUGCAAGAGUUCUUCGAGACGACGAUCCCGCGCAUCCUGCACCCGGUCGUCAAGGGCUGGGCACGAGAGCUCAUGGCCGAGCGCCGCACCCUGUGGGCGCAGCGGGGCUGGAUCAGCUACAAGGAGGUGCUCCCUGCGCCCGACGUUCCCGCACCGACGACCAACGGCGUCGCGCCGCCGAGCAAGGCGAGCAACGGCAUCCCCGUCCGGGUGUACGGCAGCCACGAGGAGGGCGAGGCGGCGGCGGCGGCGACGCAGGCUUGA